CGCCCGUCGUCCGCAGUUCAGUUGCUGCGGCGCGGCACACUUAGUCGGUCUCGCGUUCACGCCGUCACCACGCGAGUAUCGGACACCGCAACAUGAAGCAGCAGUUGGACACGGUUUUGGACUGCCGGUGUUUCGCCGGCCGACAGAAGGUCUACGAGCACGACAGUAACGUAUUAAAUUUCCGUAUGCGGUUUGGUGUGUACAUACCAGAUAAUUUGGAAGGACCUGCUCCGGUUUUAUACCAUUUAAGUGGUAUGUCCUGUUCCGAACAAACUUUUAUACAAAGAUCAGGGUUUCAACGUUGGGCAGCACAUUACGGAAUAAUCGUUGUAUCACCAGAUGUCUGUCCUAGAGUUACUUUUGCUGCUGAAAAAAACGAAAUUGAAGCUAAAGGUCUCUCAUUCUACGUAAAUGCUGUGAAAAAACCAUGGAACAGGAAUUACCAAAUGUAUUCAUAUAUAAACGAAGAGUUACCCAAUAUUAUUCAAGAACAUUUUAAUAUUAACAAAGAACGACAGUCCAUUAUGGGUCAUAGUAUGGGAGGUCAUGGUGCGUUAAUAAGUGCACUAAAAAAUCCAGGCAAGUAUCGUUCAGUGUCACUUUUUGCUCCUGUCUGUAAUCCUUCUCAAACACCUAAAAUACUAGAAGUAUUUAAAUUUUACUUUGGAGAUGAUAUGAAAACAAUUGAAGAAUGGGAUGCUACGUGCUUAGUAGCCAAAUAUAAAGGACCUGAGUUAAACAUCCUUAUACACCAGGGAACCAAUGAUCAAUACAAAAGUGACUUAAAAUUGGAGAACUUGAUUAACGCUUGUGAAAAAGCAGGGGUUUCUGUUUCGGUAAAUACCCCAGAAGGAUAUGACCAUGGACAUUACUUCAUUUCGAGUUUUGUAGAACAACAUUUUCAUCACCACUCUCAGUUUUUGUGUGAUUCUUGAUUAUUUAUUAAAUCUGUUAUAUUUUUAAUUAGUAUUAUGUAAUAACUGGUGUAUUAAAGAUUUAUAUGUUACCCAAAUAAACUUAUCGAGAUGUUUUAUUGUAA